CGGCGCCUGACCGCAGGGCUCCGCUCCGCUCCCGAGGAUGCUGCGGGGCGAUGCCCGGCGACAGGGAGGACGAGAUCUGCCAGAAAGCGCUGCAGCUGCUGGCCGAGCUGUGCUCCGUCGGGGCGGUGGAGAACGAGAACUGCCGCGAUUUCAUCUACUACCUGCGGGACAGAGCCCGGCCCCGCCUCAGCGACUCAGACAUCUCCAUAAGCCUGCUGUCCCUGGUUGUCACUGCCUGCGGCCUGGCUCUGUUCGGCGUGUCGCUGUUCGUGUCCUGGAAGCUGUGCUGGAUCCCGUGGCGGGAGCGGGGUUUGCCCUUCGGGAACAAGGACAGCAAGCAGGAGCCGCUGCACUACGCGGGCGCGGAGGCCAAUGAGCGCGACUACAGCGAGGAGUACGUGGGGCAGCCCGCCGCCUUCCCCGAGGCCUCCAUGAAGAUCAGCCACACGUCCCCGGACCUGCCGCUGGACACCCAGGCGGGAGACACGGAGAACUGCGUGCCCAACGCGCGGAUGCAGCGCCAGACCACCGAGCCCACCUCGUCUGCCCGGCACAACUCGCUCCGGAGGCAGCUCAACCUGUCCAACCCCGACUUCAACAUCCAGCAGGUGCAGAAGCAGGAGCAGCUGACGGGCAUCGGCCGCAUCAAGCCAGAGCUCUACAAGCAGAGGUCUCUGGACACGGACGACGGCCGCAGGAGCAACAGCAAGGCCUGUGGAAAACUCAACUUCAUCCUCAAGUAUGACUGUGAUCUGGAGCAGCUGAUUGUGAAGAUUCACAAGGCCGUCAACCUGCCCGCCAAGGACUUCUCUGGGACGUCAGAUCCGUACGUGAAGAUAUAUCUGCUCCCCGACAGGAAAACAAAACAUCAGACUAAAGUGCACAGAAAGACCCUAAAUCCAGUGUUUGAUGAAGUUUUUUUAUUUACUGUCCCCUACAAUGAUCUCAGCACGAGGAAACUCCAUUUCUCUGUGUAUGACUUUGACAGAUUCUCCAGGCACGACUUGAUUGGCCAAGUGGUAGUGGAUAAUUUUUUAGAUUUGGCAGAUUUUCCCAGGGAAUGUAAUAUUUGGAAGGAUAUUGAAUAUGUCACCAAUGAUAACGUGGAUCUUGGUGACCUUAUGUUUUCGCUCUGCUACCUUCCAACAGCUGGUAGACUAACUAUUACAAUAAUAAAGGCAAGAAAUCUAAAGGCAAUGGAUAUCACAGGAGCAUCAGAUCCCUACGUGAAGGUUUCUUUAAUGUGUGAAGGAAGGCGGCUAAAGAAAAGGAAAACUUCCACCAAGAGGAACACUCUAAAUCCCGUUUACAAUGAAGCCAUAGUCUUUGACGUCCCUCCAGAAAACAUUGACCAAAUUAACUUGUCGAUAGCUGUUAUGGAUUAUGACCGUGUAGGUCACAAUGAGGUCAUUGGAGUUUGUCAAGUAGGCAACGAUGCAGAGAGUCUAGGUCGCGACCACUGGAACGAAAUGCUCUCGUACCCUCGGAAGCCCAUCGCUCACUGGCAUCCUCUUGUGGAGGGCCCUAUUCAGCAGGAAUGUUAUGCAGGUCUUCUGCGCUUGGAUGGCUGCCGAAGAGGCUUCCUCACCCUUUUAACCUAUUCAGCAGAAAUUUGGCAUUCCUGUUGAACUCUUUCUUAGCCAUAUCCUCAGGGGCUAUUCCACAGAGUCCAGUGGGGAAUCAAGUGGGGGAGGGUGUCCAGCGCAUCCAGGCUGUGCAGAGAAAUACAUACACAGCAUAUCAUUUUGGUUCCUGAAUCAGGAUUAGACUCAGCAAGAGCUUCUGGAACCUCUGUGGCCACAGCCAUAGGACCCUGAAUAUUUGCUGAAUAGGACCCUCAGUCUUCUACUGUGUGAAGAGCUAUUGGUUUCAAACAGCGUGAUGUUAUCCACUUGUAGCAUUAAUUCUCCAGCUGACACUACUGCUACUGAUAGAUUAUUUGUAUGGUCGUAAGCAUUACCCAAAUUCGAGUCAUCAUUUCUGUUCAGUAGAAUAACCCAGGUUUACAAGCAAAAUGAUAGCAAUGUAAACCAACAAAUAUGGGAAGCAGCAACAAAUAUUGUCCUUGUACUUGCAAAAAAGGUGCAGUAUUGUGAAUGAUUAGCUUUCUAAGUAUUUUUUUUCAAGAAUGAUUGCCAUCAGAUUCUUAUUUUUUGAUGACAAGUUGCGUCCUCAGUCUCAGCUGGUGCCUCCUUUCACCUGACGUGAAAACAAAUUAAUAUGGUUCCUUGCAGAAAUCUUCAAAUCUGAAAAACUGUAAAAAAAGUUCUGCUGGGUGAGAACAAGAUGCAUAUGGUAUUUGUAAUGACAGCAUGUUCUUUGAGAAAGGAGAUAACCAUCUGUAUAACAUGGAGGUUGUUAGUCCUCAACCUUUGUGGAUGAUUUUCCAGUCAACGUUUCUGAGUCGUGUCCACGACACUGCAAACUGUUGGAAGUGUGUCCCGGGUGGCAAUGCUGGAUCAUGCAAACAAACACACACAUGCCCCAUGUCAUCUGAAAAUGCUGUUCCAAAUAUAUAGUGCCUGUGAAGACUUCCUUUACUAUUUGUGGUAGAGUUAGCAGGGCUGGUUUACAUGGUGGUAUAUUGUAUAUUCCGACAAAUUCUGACCAUUAAAAGAAAAUGAAUCAA